AUGAAUAAAAAUAGAAGGUAUAGUACCCUGGACGGCAAUCCAAUGAACAGGAGAUUCAGCACGCAGGAUAGUACAUCGCUUAACCCGCAAGAUGCUGAAUGUGUUCCAUCCCAUAGAUGUUUAAUUUUGGACCAGAGUUUCGAGGCGCUUAAAUCUGCGCGUUCAUCGACGGAAACUAUGAAAAGAGUACAGCAAGAGAUGGAGCGCGCAGUGAACACAGAGGCAGAGAAAAACGACAAAUAUAAACAGAGCGCUACGGAGCACACAAGCUUCGCGGAAGAGAUUGACAACACAGCUCACGGAUUAGAGGACACGACGCCAAUCACUGGAGGAGAUGAGACCGCAAAGUGUACAGAAAAUGAAACCAGACAAACAAUAGUCAGAGAAUUGCAUCAUGAAUCCCGAAAUGACUGA